AGAGAAAAACAAGAAACAAUCAGAGAAAAGCAAAAUAAAAAGAAGACGCUGAUGAUUCAGUUUCAGUUUGUCAGGAAUCGAAAAUACGGAAUUCCAUUCUGUUGUCAGUGAGAGAGAACCGCGUUCAAAUCAGAAUGGGCUCACGCCUCUCAUGUUCUUGCUCACAAGCCGAAUGCUGGACGAAUGAUGAAUCUACAUUGAGAAUUGACGCGGAGUUGUUUGAGUUAUCACAGGACGGACAAAAGUGGGAUAAGCUUGACGGAAGGCUGGCCAACGUACGUGUAUUCAACGCAUUCGACGACUCUUCCCCACGUCUUCUUGCCACAUCAUCAUCCGGUCAAGUUCUUCUGGACACUCUAAUUCCAAUGGGAGAAAAGGUUCAUAAAGUCAGCGACUUUUUUGUGUAUUUGAAGACGGAAGGAAGAACAAUUGGAUUCAAUACGUUAAGCUCGAGGGACACUUCCUUACUCAUUUCUCAGGCGACAAAUACAACUGCCUUCAAUAUGUUUCAACAUUCAUUCUCAGUUUCCGUAUCCAGAAUUGCUACAUUUGAAGGUGAUUCUAUUCAACCUUGUGAUGAGCAGCCAGAAACGUCAAAUGUCUCACUAAAUCCGUUAAAUAUGGUUUUCAACUACAAAGGAUCACCUGUUGAGAUUGAUUUGCUGGAAUGUUUCGCGUGCUCAUCAGAAGCUGAAAACUGUGUCGACAUAGCACAUGCCAACAACAUAUUUCGUGUAAUUGUGUCAGCACAUGCUCAUCUUUUUCUUAUUCAAGCUCUGAAUGUAUCAUCACUUCUUCUUGCUCGAACCACCUCGAAUCUAGUUGCCAUCAAUUAUUUGGCUCGGCAAAAUGAUAAAAUUCAACAAAAAUUGAUUGCUCUGUUGGAAACAUCAGAAUCAAGUGAGAAUGCGUCGAAGGAAGAUAUUCGACAAAUGCUUCUUCUGAAGAAUGUAGUAGUGACACAGAGAUUGAACUCACUUCAACAGAGAGCACUACCGGGAAUUGAGCUUAUCCAACACGAUAUCUCACCUCAAAUUGAUCAGAAGCUACUCGAAAAGUGUCGACUUCCAUCACUGUUUUUAUAUCAUUUUAAUAUGAAUUCGUUUCGAAUAUGGCGAAAACCAAUGGAAACACGUGACAUGAACACAAUGGGAUCAUCAAUGGCAUCCACCAGUCAAUACCAUCAGAUUCCGAUUCAAAUCCAGAAUCAGAAUCCGUUACCGUCUCAACAGAUUCAGCCACAACAACAACAACAAUACCAUCCACCAGAUCAUGUGACAACUCAUAAUGGUACAACUACGUUUCAUACUACGAAUCCCACAAAACCAAGACUUUGUGAAGGAUCGUUGGCUCCUGGAUGCUCAUUGGCCGAGGCAUCCGAACAGAGAAAACGAGAGAUGGCGGAGCAGAAAAAAGAGUUGGCAGGCCCAUCUUCCGCAGAGGAUUACUUCGUCAGAAAGACAAAUGGACGUCUUGGACUCACUAUAUACGCGCAUAACGAUGAUGGGGUCAUCAGGGCUGAGGUUCGUGGAGUGACGUCAUUUGCUCCGAGAUGUGCUCAAGUUGGAGAUUCGGUUGUAGCGGUAGACAGUGAACUCAUAUCAUCAGUUAGAAACGCUUCGGAUGUUGAGAAACUUUUGAGAAUCGGAAAAGUAAUACAUUUACGAAGAAAGACUCCUCUAACUCCAAGAGCACCGUCUCAACUCGACGCAACUAAUGUCAAUAAGAAAACGGGCUGUGCAAAGUUGGCGAUGGCUCUGCAAGAAUUGUUGGUCACUGAGAAGAAAUAUGUCAGCGAUCUUCGAGAGAUGAAUGAAGUUUUUCUGUGUAUGAGACAAGUCCGAGAUAUUAUGAAUGCAGCAAUACGGUUGUAUAAAAUGCAAACAUCGUUUGUGGACAGUAUUGAGGAAGCCAUUGGAGACAUGAGUAGACAGGAUAUUUCUGUUGCUCAGAUUAGGGAUUCUGUAAUGCGAGUGUGUGCAGUAUUCAUCAACAAAUGUUCUGAUUUCAAAAUCUAUGCAGAAUAUGCAGCCGGUUACCAUCUCCUCCAACAUGAGAUCAAAAACAAAAAAGAGCUUCUAUCAAAAUUGGAAGCUGUAAACAGUACAAGAGAGCAACAUUGUUCUUGGGAAUCUCGGAUGAUUAAACCAGUCCAGAGAAUUGUACAAUAUCCACUUUUACUGAAAAACAUUGCCGAUGCACUUCCGAAGGAUGCACGAGAGAGGGUUCAAGUGGAGGCAGCAUUGCAAAAAAUGCAGACGUCUGCAGAAUAUGUGAAUGAAAUGCAAAGGCUUCAUGAAGAUUAUGCACAAUAUAUGGAGACUGUUAGGAAAGCUAAUGAGCCAAUGUUGGCUGAAAAGAGUCUUCGCCUCGACACUCGAGAGCUUCUAGUUUUUGCACACAUAAAAUGGAGAGAUGCUCCAGCGGAGCACUACGUUGUGUUCGUGUUUCACUCUUUAAUACUGCUCCUUCCAUCGUAUGCUAGGAAAGAGAUUAAGAUGAAAUGGACUCGUGUCCUCCCAAUAAAUGAAGUUGAUAUCAACGAAAUGCCAAAUGAUGCAUUAAAUCUAAAACUUUAUCAUGCUGCUUUUGAAGGACCAAAUGGACAAUUAAGUCAUUCCAAUCCAAAUACAGUCUACAAUAUUGAAUGUUGUCAAUCUCAACUGAAACAGCAUCUUAUCAAAAAUAUCAAAAAAGCUCGAACUUUAUUCUCUCGAGAAUCACAUCGUCCAUUAAGUGGAUCUAGUCAAUCGGAUGGUGGUUAUGUGUCAGAAGUCUCUAAGGAACAUCGAAAUUCAAAAUAGAUAAUGGAUCUUGUUUGUAUAUUUUGCCCAAAUUUUCUUAUAUUUUGUUGCCCCAAAUCGCUAGUCCAAAUAUUCAAACGGGUGUUGUCGUAAACUGAGCAAAAUGAACUGUUUUUAUUUUUCAAACUCCCUC